AUGCCACGGCAGACACUUAUUGCAGAUGGACUUUGGUAUUGCCUCUGUCCAUCAUUCAGCCUCAACACCUUCAAGCGCCCCGGUAUCCCUCUUAUAAAGGGUAAACGAGCUCCUAAACCCGGUCAAUAUACGGCUUUCUUAGCGGGCCCUGUGUCAACAUCGCGAAAAUGUUUGAGCAGUGCUUCUAUUCGAAAGGUUGGUGGAAUUGAUCCGCCAAAGGAGGAUGGGUCUUUGGGAGAUGGAUAUAGCGAACCAACGAACCAGCACACAGCCCCGAAUCAAUUGGAUGUGAACCACAAGCAGCUUGGGCAAGAUGCUGGCACAUCGCUGAAAGAGGAGAUCUCUGGCACAGAGUAUACCCACAAGCGCCCACCUGGAGUUCCCAAAACUCUUGAACACAAACCGACAUCAUUUUUGGAGCAGAAGCUUCAAGAGCUCACGACCUCAGCCCCAAGGGUCCUAAGCACGAGCCAGAUAUUGCGCAUUCUGAUCAGAGAUCGUCAUGUACGCCCCGAGGUACGGCACUAUAGGGCACUAUUACGCGCCAAUUCUGAUGCAGAGCGUGGAUCGCCAGAAGUAGUUCGAAAGUUACUAGCAGAGAUGGAGGCGAAUGGAUUUACACUGGAUUCUGGAACGCUGCAUACAGCUUUACAGGCUAUCGCAGUUCAUCCGGACUAUAUACUACGCCAGGAAAUUGUGCGUACCCUUCGAGACCGAUGGCUUCCAUUGAGCCCGGAUGGUUGGCAUUAUGUGGUGGCUGGCCUUGUGAGGGAGCAUCAAUUCGAGUUAGCCCUGGAUCAUAUUGCGCACAUGGAGAGAAAGGACAUGCCGGUUGAGAGUUGGUUGCACAGUAUGCUCAUCUACCACCUCUGCGAAUUUGAGGAGUUUGACGAGGUGGUGCGGUUGAUGCGUUCGCGGGUUGAUCAGGGGUAUGACAUGACGACAGACCUGUGGCUUUACGUACUAGAUGUGGCGAGUGCUGCCGUUCACCAUGAGACCACACGCUUCGUGUGGGAUCAAAUGGUUGAACUGAGGUAUCUUUACCCAUCAUACGGAGUCUGCAGUAAUGUAUUGACAGUGGCGUCCCGCACAGGGGAUACUGAGCUUGCUGGGUCGGUCGCUCGCUUUCUGACCGAAGCCGACGUACCUCUUAGUGUGGAAGACUACGAAAAGAUUACCGAGGCCCAUGUGAUCUCUGGAAACCUUUACGCUGGGUUUGAAGUGCUUUGCGAAAUGCAUAAAGCCAAUAUUGCGUUGGAGUCAAGCUCAACUGCCGCCAUUCUAACCUACAUGAUACAAUCAAGAACCAAUCCACGUGAGGCGUGGUCUAUGCUCAAGCAACUCAAAGCUUUGAAAUAUGAAAUUCCCCUUCGUUGCGCUCUAGUAGUGCUCGAGAUGUGCGAGCACGAAGCUAUUAACGAUCCCUUCGUGGUGGACGAUGGGCUUGCACUUUACAAGCAACUCUAUGCGUUGUGUUCGGAGAAGGCGGAUGUCUCGGUCUACAACUCCCUUAUUGGCAUGUGCCGCCGGGCUAAAAAUACCGAUGCCGGCAUGUUUGUUGUGAAGGAAAUGGCCACACUGGGUGUGGUACCGAACGCCACGACAUUCGAGCAUCUCAUCAUCAUGUGUUUAGAUGCUGGUAACUUUGAAUCGGCAUACAUGUACUUCCAGGAUCUGCUGGCACGAGAUGCAUCCCCCAGCGAAGAUGCGCGAGCUGAGAUCCGAGAUCUCUGUACCGGUUCGAGCGACCAGUAUGCUGUUCAAUUGAGGUAUCACCCGCAGAUCAGGGAUGCGUUAGUGCGCAGACAAGCGGAUGGCUUUGAUCCCACACAAGUCCGCGCAGGUCUCAUCAAGAAGGUGCCGUCUGAUUCACCCCCGGAAUACGCCAAUCGUUUUAGACAGGGGCCGCGGAGGACCAUAAGCAAAGAGGAGCGACGGGCUGAAAGCAAAGAGAAACGGAAACAGAAAAGAAGACGGCUAGCUAUUGCAAGGGCCCGAGAGGAAGAAGGAUGGGAGGAUUACGAGCCCGGCGGACUAAUCCCCGAGGAUCAGGUCAAGGCCGAUGUAAAUUCGCCAUCCAGUUGA